AUGAAAGGCAAUGUUUUAAUAGUGUAACUAAUCAAUUAUAAGGAUAGUGCAUAUUGGAUAACAUAGUCAUGGUUUCCCAUCAUAUCCGGCGUGCAUGUAUGUACGUAUAUAUACAACACUCGCCGUCCGCCUCCACCACCACAACAGAGACACCAACAGCGCGAGCAAGACGAGGACCUGUCACAAUCAAGAAUGGAGGCUUCAAAAGUGUACCAACUACUGGAUGGACGGGUAGAGGAGAAAAGGGGCUCGGAUGAGAAGAACGGCUUCAAAAUAUACCACAUCCAAUGGGAAGAAACAUUAGAUGAAGAAGGAGGCUUCAGAGUAUUCUCCAUCGGCCAACCCUCUAACAUGCCCACUAAGUGCGUGUUGCUGCUGGGGGUAACAGGGGCAGGAAAGACCACUUUAGUUAGUGGGGUCUUGAACAACUUCCUUGGAGUCAGCUUUGAAGAUCCCUUUCGCCUACAGGUGAAAGAGGAAACUGGUCGUGAGAAGACUCAGAGCCAGACAGAUUUCAUUACUGUAUACACUAUUUACUACAAAGAGGGAAUGAAGCACAAGUACAACCUAGUGCUUAUUGACUCUCCUGGCUUAGAAGACACAAGAGCAGCAGAGCAGCCACGUGAUAUAAGAAGCCAAUUUGAAGAAUUUAUCACAUCAGACCUUGGGGUCGAUAAUCUGCACUGUGUUGGCCUUGUUGCUAAAGCUACUACAAACAGGGACUUAAAAUCUGAGAAGGCUGUACUUGAAGAAAUUAUUUCACUGCUGGGAGAAGCUGUUCCUGAAAUCACUCAUAUUUUCGCAACUUUUGCUUGUGAUCAGCCCUUAGUUGAGGCUGUUGUGAGAAACGCUGGUGUCCAAUACAAAAGCAUGUUCCAGUUUGACAAUGGUAUGCUUUACUCCCCAAUCAAUGCUAGUUCUGACAAGGAAUUAACUUCUCGGUCUCACAGAUGGGACAAAAUGAGAGAGCAUUAUGAUGCAAUGUUUGGUGCAUUAGCCAAUGCUUUACCUUUGAGUUUGGAACUCAUCAGAGAGAGGAAAUACUUUGACACAUGUAAGAAGAAUCUAAAGACACAGAUAGAAAACUUAGCUACUUCAGUAACAGAGAUGGAAAUCAAUAAGAAUGCAUACAACAAAUAUGAGCAGCAAAGAGUUACAAAUAAGGACUGGAAGCAAACGAAACGUGUAGCGGUUCAAGGGAAUCAACAGGCUUUCAACUGCAAGACGUGCCAGAAAACUUGUGAAAUAUUUACAAACACUGGCGGUAAUACUAGCGGAGGUUUUGAUGUAGGUCAGGUGAUUGCACCUAUUGUGGGUGCGGCUGUUCUUCCCGUCCCAAUAGUUGGGGCAGUAGUAGGUGGAGUCGUUGGAUCGUUAUUUUCUAGGAAGAAAAGAAAACAAAGACCCCAACAAAGCCCCCAACCGUUAAGCAACGCUGUGUGUAGACAGAAUGUCUGUUCCCAUGCCAUAAAGGAACAUGCCUUAGAGUCUAUGAAAUUACAGACAAACAUUGAUGAAGAUAUGAAAAAACUUUAUGAAGAAGCAGUCUCAAAGACAGAGGAUGCAAAAUCUAAAAUUAUCCAGGCUCAAGAAGAAAUCUUGAGCUGCAGCACAACUAUUUCCCAUACCACUGUAGAGUUAUUAAGUCAUUCAAAGAAAGUAGAGAAGCUGACAAAAAAAAGUUUUCUUUCCACUGAUGACAUAAAUUCUCAGCUCAGGAGUGAAAUUGGCCAGAGUGAGGUUAAUAUUAUUCCUCAAGCAACAAAGUAUAUUGCUAUUCUUACAAAAGCAAUGGGAACACUUGCAUCACAUAGUGCUGAAGAAGUUCUUGGCAAGCAUGAACUUGUUAAGGAAAUGCUACUCGAAGAUUAUGAAGAAUUUUUCAAAUAGAACACAAAGAGUGGCACUGGUCAAAGGAACAAUGUAAUGGACUGCUAUUUUUUGUACAGUGGGUGAGAAGUGUGUGACUGUUUCAGCAUUGUCAUCAGUUAUCACACUGCAUAUCCCAAGUGAACUCCGAACCUUGGAUGGGUGAACACUUCAUGCUUCAUAUGAUACGAGCUGGCCUGUAUGGAAGCUGUGAGACCCAGGCGAAAGUAUUGCCCAAAACACACAAGGCUGCCAAUAAAAAAUACACGGUCAACAUGACUCUGAGGUUGUCCUGACUUUGCUGUGCCUUGUUCGGACGUGAAGAUACAGGCAGUGUUUAUUUCAAGGCCACAGCCAUUAAGUCAUGGCUCAUUUCUGAAUAGAGGAAAUUGGGUCAAUGUUUGCAGUUUAAAGCAAAUCCUCUGUGAUCUCAGCACGAAACUUUAAUAAUCACUGAUGUUUUACUCAAUGAACAUUCGAGUUCGUAGUCAAACUUGAUACUGAUUUGCUGAUUCACUGAUUUGGUCACUGUAAAUGCAUUAGUCACUGAGAACGCACACCCCAUCAACAACACCUGCUGGACACACAUUUGCAGUACACCGUCCCCUCCCUCUCAGAGGCUGCCAGGGCACAUCGCUUCACUUUUACCAUGCAUAUCCAAGACAAGAAGAAUUGAAUCAUGCCAAGUGACUAUGUAGACAUUGAGGUAUUGUUAAACAGUCCAAAAUAUGAUAUGUAAACUAUACCAAUAACUGUUGUGUUUCUUAGCUUUAGUUUUUUUUUUUUUUUUAAUAACUAUGUGAAAUGUUUAAUAUAUUUUAUGCAAUACAGUACAUAAAACACUAUGA